GGAAAAGAGAAAGGGGAGGAAAAGACAAAAUAGGGAAAAGAAAAUGGAUGUGGGAGGAAAAUCCAGAAUAAAGAAAAGGGAAAAAUUAUGGCGAAAAAGAAAUGGGAAAGUAAAUACGAAAAUGGUGGGUCCCAUAUUAACAGUUUAAUUUGGCCGCCCGCUUUGUCGUCUCUCUCGUCUCCGUCCAUUCCCGUCGUUCUUUUGCGUUUGACUCUCUCAUCUCUUCCCUCUCUCUCUCUCUCUCUCUCUCUCCCUUCUUCUGCACCUUCUUAUCCCUCACCCUUCUCUCUCUCUAUCUCUCUCUGUGUCCCUUCAGUAUCACACACACGCUAGUGUACCUUCUUCCGCAAAGCCUUCGACUGAGAAUCGAUCGAUCAAUCGUCGUAGUGCUGUGUGGUGUUGGUAGUGCAAGAGCCACAAAGCUGAGAGAUAACAUACACUGAUACGUACGUGCGUACGUGGCAAGGUACGCAGGCGGUAGUACACACCGUCUUGCACUCUGUUCUUCUCAUCCUUCGUUUCUUCGUUGGUUGUUAUUAUGAGGGUGCACCAGAGGGCGCUUACCGUGGGGAUCACUGUUGUCGUUGCUGCUGCUGCUUCAUAGGCCUUUUCUGUGGGUUCCCCCUUUCCAUAUUCACUUUAGAGACACAAGAGAGACAACCAGACAUGGCUGGCAGUAACCAAGUCAAUCUCAAUGAAUCUAGGAGUGUUGUUCCGCUGAAUACGUGGGUGUUAAUCUCGAAUUUCAAGCUGUCUUAUAAGCUUCUCAGACGUGAUGACGGAACUUUCAAUCGUGAGUUGGCGGAGUUUCUUGAUAGGAAGGUCCCUGCCAAUGCAAUUCCCGUUCAUGGGGUGUUUUCAAUCGAUCAUGUUGAUAGAAACGUUAGCUCGUUUUACCGGGUGUAUUUGCCGGCCUCUGGGGACGAGGCUCAAUGGGGUAUCAGAGACCUUGAGAGGCCGUUGAGCACCACGGAAAUUGUUCCUGUAAUCAUAUUCUUUCAUGGGGGAAGCUUCUCUCAUUCCUCGGCAAACAGUGCUAUCUACGAUACCUUCUGCAGGUACCUUGUGAGCAUUUGCAAGGCUGCUGUGGUGUCCGUGAACUACCGGAGAUCGCCGGAGCAUCGGUAUCCGUGCGCCUACGAUGAUGGAUGGGCAGCAUUGGAGUGGGUGAAGUCCAGAACGUGGCUGCAAAGUGGGAGGGAGUCCAAGGUUCAUGUCUACUUGGCAGGGGACAGUUCUGGUGGGAACAUUGUUCAUCAUGUGGCAGUAAAGGCUGCGGAGGAAGAAAUUGAGGUCCUGGGGAAUAUUCUUCUUCACCCUUUGUUCGGAGGAGAGAAGAGGACGGAAUCAGAGUUGAGGUUGGAUGGGAAAUACUUUGUGAGGUUGAAGGAUCGUGAUUGGUAUUGGAGGGCUUUUCUGCCUGAAGGAGAGAAUAGAGACCACCCUGCUUGCAACCCCUUUGGACCAAGGGGGAGAAGCCUUGCGGGACUCAGGUUCCCCAAAAGUCUUGUUUGCGUGGCUGGUUUGGAUCUUCUGCAGGAUUGGCAACUGGCAUAUACAAAAGGUCUCGAGGAUUCUGGACAAGAGGUCAAACUUCUCUAUCUCAAGGAUGCCACUAUUGGCUUCUACUUCUUGCCAAACAAUGAACAUUUCUACUGCCUCAUGAGGGAAAUCAACAACUUCGUGAAUUCUGACUGUUAAUAUACUCUACUAGUGCUAAGACUACUACUACUACUACUACUUAACCUUACCUUACCCACAGGAGGCUUACAUAGCUAAAGCUUGACAUUUUACUUGGCUUCUCUUCUUUUUUUUUCCCCCACUUUUGUAUCUUGUCCUUUUCUUUCUGUAUUUCGCAGUAAGUGUGUGUAGUUAUAAAAUUGUGUAGCAUUAGUUAUUAUGGUCAUAACAUCUAUGGUGGUGAAUUUGAGAGUUCUGUGAUCCGCGGACAACUGCUUCCUGUUCUCUUUUCGUUGGUUUUGGAAGGUAGCACCAGCUCUGGCAGUACCAGAACUCGGUUCAUUUGGGGGCUUUGGUGGAACCACCGUAUACAACGCCUCACCCCCUUUUAACGUUUUAAGUUUGGUGGCAGGAGGGAAAGAUAGAAGACGAGGAUUGGUUCGCUUUGUUUGAUUAAGAGAAUGUUUUCCUCUUGUAGCACUGAUUACUGAAUGUGAACUGGAGAAUGUCCCAACCUGUUAUAUGAAUCUGUAUGUUAUAUGUAGUAUACCUAUGUUAUAUAAAAUGUCUUGGAUGUUUGGUUUUUCAUUUUA